UCCAAAACCAUAGGCAAACCUUCACCACUUGAACCUCCCUCAACCAAAACCCAUCCUUUAAUUUCUAAAAUGUCCACUAAAAGUAAAUCAAAACUUCCCACAGUGAAAACCAUCGUCUCCACCAUCGGCUCAGUCGCCGCCGCAGCUAUGGUGGUACGCAGCGUGGCCCGCGAUUACUUGCCACCUGAAUUCCAAAAUUACCUUUAUCUCGGUUUACGCAAUUUCAUCAACAAAUUCUCCACACACUUGACUUUGGUCAUCUAUGAAUCCGAUGGGUUUCAAGACAACGCAAUCUACAACGCCAUGGAACAUUACGUCGCUGCCAGGAUGUCUACCGAAAUCCACCGUAUGAAGGUCACCAAAACUCCUAACCAGAACAACAUCGCACUUACCAUGGAAGUCAACGAGGAGUUCACCGAUGUUUACAACGGAGUCAAACUCUACUGGUCUUCAGUUUCCAAGAAGACUCCGACAAGACAAUAUCGCAGUCACGAUGACUCGAAUUAUUCUUACCGAACCGAUCAACGAUCGUUGGAACUCACUUUUCAUCGGGAACACAAAGAUCUGGUGAUGAACGAGUACUUUCCUUUUGUUCUUAAGGAGGCAGAGAUAAAGAAACAGGAACAGAAAACCUUGAAGCUAUUCACAGUCACCCAAAGCUCGUCGUAUUCGAGACCCACAAAGUGGACAUCGGUGAAUCUUGAUCAUCCGGCUAAUUUCACCACUCUAGCGAUGGAUUCUGAUAUAAAGGAGAAAGUGAUGAAGGAUUUGGAUAGAUUUGUGGAGAGGAGAGAGUAUUAUCGGAAAGUAGGAAAGGCAUGGAAGAGAGGUUACCUGUUGUAUGGUCCACCGGGUACCGGAAAAUCAAGCUUGAUCGCCGCCAUGGCGAAUUACCUGAAUUUUGACAUAUAUGACUUGGAGUUGACCGACGUUAAGUCAAAUUCAGAGCUGCGGACGUUGUUGGUGGCGACAGCUAACCGGUCAAUACUGGUGGUGGAGGACAUCGAUUGCUCUGUGGAAUUGCACGAUCGGGAGGCCGGAGAGGCGGCAAAAGCUGUAUCCCGGAAAAACGGGAAGAUGUACCCAGAAGAAAAAAAGCAGGUUACUUUAUCGGGUUUUCUCAAUUUUAUUGAUGGGUUAUGGUCAAGUUGUGGAGAUGAACGAAUCAUCAUAUUCACUACAAACAGGAAGGAGAAACUCGAUCCUGCUCUUAUUCGUCCUGGUCGUAUGGACGUUCACAUACACAUGUCAUAUUGUACGCCAUGUGGAUUUCGUCAGCUGGUUUCUAACUAUCUUGGAAUCACUCAUCAUACUCUUUUUAAACAAAUUGAGGAUUUGAUGUGCGAGAUUAAAGUCACUCCUGCUGAAAUAGCAGAGCAACUGCUUAAGGAUGAUGAUCCAGAUGUUGUUUUCAGUGGUCUCAUUGAGUUUUUUGAUGUAAAGAGGAAGGAGAAUGAGGAGGUUGAGGCUAAGGAGAAAAAGAAGAAAGAGGAGAUAGAAUUGGCUCUAAAAGAGAUUGAAAAGAGCGAACAAAGUGACUAAAAAUUGAAAUGGUUUUCGUAUUAAAAAUUAGUAUUUUUGGGUA